UCUGCUGUUGGAUACUUUGCCGUGAGUGAAACUUCAGGCAGCUGCUCCUGCGGGAGCGUUUGGAGAUUUAAGAGGUUGUACAAACGACUCUCAUCACUUCAAAAGGAUAACAGCUGCAAUGAAACCUCCUUUCUCUUCCUGUCACCGUCAGGAGGAUUGGCGAGACCAGCCGAAUGAAACCAGGAGGAAGUAGGUAAUCGACUGCUCUGCACCAGCCACAACCAGAGAAUGACCACAUUUCGACAUCCUGUGACAGGACAGAUAUCACCUGAAAACACUGAAUUCACCCUCCAAGAUCAAGCCAAUUCCCGCAUGUCCAAGCAACCACCAGACCAGAGGCCUCCCAGUAUGGUCAGUGAGUCCUCUGCUGUUGUCACCUCAACCGCUGUGGAUGCCACCUCAGGGUCAAAGGGCUCUAAAACCAGUGGCAAAGUUCACAGCUUUGGCAAGAGAGACCAUGCCAUUAAGAGGAAUCCAAACAUCCCGGUAGUGGUGAGAGGAUGGCUCUAUAAACAGGACAGCUCUGGAAUGAGACUGUGGAAGCGGAAGUGGUUCGUGUUAUCUGAUUACUGCCUCUUUUAUUACAAAGACAGCCGAGAGGAGACUGUACUUGGCAGCAUUCCCUUACCGAGCUACGUUAUCUCUCCUGUGGAGCCAGAGGAUCACAUCAGUCGCAAGUACGCAUUUAAGGCCAGUCACACGGGAAUGCGCUCCUACAUUUAUAAUAAGAACUCUGUGAUUGGCUCCCAGGCUGAGCACAGUGGGAUGAGGACCUACUUCUUCAGUGCUGACACGCAGGAGGACAUGAAUGGCUGGAUCAGGGCCAUGAACCAGGCCGCUCUGAUGCAGAGCCAUGGCAUGAAAAGUUUCUUCUUUUCUGUCCACAGAGAGGCAGAGAAACCCCACAAGACAGAGCAACAGGCAGUCCCACAAAGUAAUCACGUCAACAACAGCAGCAGCAGCAAAAGCUCCUCCCAGCCGGAGGGCCUCCGCCAGUCAGUGAAGGGCGAGACUUUGGAUGGUGAGCUGCGCCAGGAGCGGGAAGCGGAGGAGAUACGUGGUUUCAGUAAGGAGGUGCCGGAGGGCCAGGCCAAAGCUACCUCUCGUGGAGGGGAAGUGGAUUUGGAUGGUCUCUCCCCCGAAUCAGCUUCGACCUCUCGAGUGUCCUCCACUAUGCCUGCCCACAGGAACGGGCUACACCCCUCCGUCCUGCCUGCUGAUCAGAACGGGAAUGUAGUGUAUAAGAGAGGCCUGGUCCCACGCACAGACACAGAGAAACAAGUGCAGAGGAAGACGGCCUUGGCUCAGGUGGAGCACUGGGUGAAAGUGCAGAAGGGAGAGCCUAAAAGCAUCCCUUCCACUGAGUACACACUCUCCAGGCACACUCCACCUCUGCAGCAUAAGGCUACUAUGGUAGAGGCCUACCAGUCAUUGCCAAAGUCUGCCCGUCACCUGGCUGGCGGGAGCUCACCACCAGUGCCCCGUAAUCUACCGAGUGACUACAAAUACGCUCACGACCGCCUCAGCCACUUCCGCAUGUCUACGGACGAGCGCAUGGCCACUAAAGAGGGCAUGGUGUGGCAGUUGUACGAAUGGCAGCAGCGCCAACAGUUCCGCCACGGCAGCCCCACGGCGCCCAUUUACGCCAGGCCGGAUUACAUGGACACCUCCUCCUUCAGAGUGACCUUAGAGGUGCCGCGCUCCAUCUCCGUGCCCCCUUCCCCCUGCGACAUCCCCCCGCCUGGCCCGCCUUCCAAAUCCCUGUCCCCGCGCAGACCGCACACGCCGGCCGACAGGGUGACGGUGCGACCGCUGGACGAGAUGCCCCCCGUGGACACGUCUGGCUCGGGCUCCCCCAGACGUGUUUGCCCUCAGCUCUCUAAGACUGCACAAAUUGAAAGAAGAUCUAUGCCAACCAUGGGCUACAUCACACACACUGUCAGUGCACCAAGCUUACAUGGGAAAACGGCAGAUGAUACUUACAUGCAACUGAAGAAGGACCUGGAGUAUCUAGACCUGAAGGUCACUGGACGUGAAACUCUCGGUGACAGGCCUCCGCGACCGGUUAAAAUAGCUGAAAGUGACAUUGACGUGACGUUAAGCAAAUUAUGUGAGCAAGACAAAAUCCUUCAGGAACUGGAGACCAGGAUACGCACACUCAAGGAGGACAAGGACAAGCUGGAGUCUGUUCUGGAUGUAUCUCAUCAGCAGCUGGAACAGUACCGGGACCAGCCGGCACAUGUUGAAAAGAUCACCUACCAGCAGAGACUGCUGCAGGAGGAUGUGGUACACAUCAGAGCAGAUAUCUCACAAGUUUCGACGGAGAUGGAGAAUGCUUGGAAUGAGUACACCAGACUUGAGAAGGAAGUGGACCGUCUACAGUCAGUUCUGCAAGACCAGAUGAACCGCAGCAUUCUGUCUCAGGAGAAAGCCCAACUGAGGAGGGAACUGUGGAGAAUUGAAGAUGUGAUGGCUGGAUUGAGCUCCAACAAGGCCAACUACCAAAUCACCAUUAACUCUGUGCAGAACCCAGGUGAGAGGGGGCCUGUGGCUUCCACCACCACCACCCCCAUGCACUGGAGUAAAGACAGAGAGAGGAAACUUGUGCCUUCAGUGUCGUCACCCUCAGUGCCUUCUCUGUCGGCAAGCCCCUCCAUGGGGGAGCUGAAACCCAGCCAGCUUAGCCCCCACCUCAGCCCACUGCAGCCCCCACAGCAGUCUAUGCAACAGGGCCAAGUGUCCCACAAGCCAAAAUGGGUAGAGGACGAUGCUCCUCCUAGACCUCCUCUCCCUCAGCUCUACAGCCCUGAUGAGCACCCUCCUGCUGUACCUCCCCUACCCAAGGAGACCUCCGUCAUCCGGCACACGUCUGUGCGCGGUCUCAAACGCCAGUCUGACGAGCGUAAGAGGGACAGGGAGAUUGGCCAGUGUGCUAAUGGAGAAAACAAGGUGGAGCUGCGGACAUUUCUCAGUGAGCCUGAACUGCUGGGAGUUGGUAGUGGGAUGGGAGGAUCAGCAUUAGACAGUGGCUACCAGACAUUACCCAGCAGAGGUUUGGCAGGCUCGUCGUCAAGACUAAAUCAGUCCACAAACAUCUCAUCUUAUGUCACCCUCAGAAGAGGAGCUACGGUGACUGGCUUGAAGGAGAGACCAAAGAGUGCCUUAGAGCGGCUGUACUCUGGGGAACCUGUAUAUCAGCGAGGUCGUAUGAGCGCAGAGGAGCAGCUGGAGAGGAUGAAGCGUCACCAGAAGGCUCUGGUGCGCGAACGCAAACGGACACUCAGCCAAGGCGAACGGCAAGCCUCUUCGUCACGCCCGUCAUCCUCUUCCUCCUCCCGCCCGGUAUCUGCAGACGUGGGCUCAUGGAGGCGCGAGCAGGAGUUUGAUUUGCAGCUCCUGGAGCGGGCGGUGCAGGGUGAGGAGAGGCCAGCUGAGCACAAAGAGAGACCAAGGUCCCACUCAGAUGAAUGGCUCACAUUACGCUCCACAUUCACCAGAGAGCAGGACCUGGAGCCUCUGGACUACCAGCUGGACCUCAGCCGAGAGCUGUCAAAGCCCCAGAAGGUGGCCAUUCCUGAGCGCUAUUUGGACCUCGAGCCAGAAGAGCCUCUGAGUCCACAGGAAAUGGAGGCCCGCCAUCGCAAAGUUGAGCGCAUCAAGAGCAUCUUGGCCAAGUCCAGUGUUCAGAACAUCCCCCCUGCAGUAACUGUGGAUAAGCCAGAGCUGAUAGACCUGGACUCGGCUCUGCAGGAACAGCAGAGGAUCAUCACUAUGUCCUAUGCUCUAGCAUCAGAAGCUUCCCUCAAGAGCAAGCAGGUGGCAGCCAAAGCCGUUUAUGGGCAUUGAGGUGCUAUCACAUGAUGACAACCCAUGACCUGGAUUCUUGAAGGCUGAAAAGCUUGUUCACAUUAAACAUUUCCAUUCAUCCUGUAUUAAGUGAAACAUGCAUAGACUUCUGGACUUUCAUAUCACGUCAAUGGAUAAUCGAGAAUUCACUCUGUAUCACAUAUUUUGUACAGCUAUUAUGAAGUGAAUAUUUUGUGUAGAACACAGAAACCUUUGCUGAUGAUGCUGCAGUGCAUAUACUUGUAUUUAAUCUGAAAGUAAUCUGAAAGACAAUGUUAACCCAGAUAGAAGAUGUUUUAUACAUGUAAUUGCACUUUUAACAUUUCAAACUGACAAUGUUUUAUUUCUCAAGAUGAGAAAACUCUGUCUUGCAGUGAGAUUUAAUUGGAAGGAAAUUGUAAUUAAUAGAGAAGCUAUGUUUUACAUGUCAUGGAGGUGCAUGUCAAAUAUUGAUUGUAUUUUUGUCAACUCAGAUGAUAUUCUUACACCAAAUCACUUGAAACAUUAUUUUUGUGUACCAAGCACUGCCAGACUCCUGUGAGCUUGCCAAAAGGGUUUUAUUUUUGCGGACAAAGUUAGGAAGAAAAAAAAAAACUCAAAUAAUAUUUUUGAGAAGACUUUGUGGGAGGGGGUACACAACAUACAUUUUUAAAAGAAAAUGUAAAUAU